GUUUGUGUUUUGUACGUUCGUGUGUCAACGCACGUCUACCACGGCAGAAAGCAGAGGAGAAGGGGGAGAAAAAAAUAACGGAAAACGGACUUUUCUUUCAUGGUUCCGUGGAUCCCGGCAGGUUCCGACGGCGAGGGCGACGCGACGGCGGAGACACCCCUGUUCCGGGCGAGGAUGAGAGACGGCAGCCCGGUCGAUACCGGCUCCAUCAUGGCGACCCGUCGCGGUGCGCUGUCGCAGGGGGACGCGGCGUUCCCCGACAAGGAAGCUUGACGUUUUCGGCCUGUUGGAUUGACACCAGCCCCGGAGUAAAACCCCGGUCCUGAAAACCGCAGGACCCAGCGAGGGACAGAUCCCGUCUUCCCCAGGAAUCGGACUCCUGCCACACGUUGGUGCAGCCUCAUGAAGACAAUGGAGAACGUCUCAUUGCAUUUAAAGCCGUGGGAGAUGUGAAUUACACAUUAACUGCACACACGAAAAACAAAUUAGGCUGCUAUUACGACAAAAGCAACGGUUGCGCAGGGCGUGCCAGGGAUUGAAGUUCUUUUUUUGUUUUGCGACAAUAUUGCAGCCGUGCGCAUAACCGCCUCCAUUUAAUUGCGAUUUAAUCAGAGCUGAUUGGUGGUGUCUGUGUUCUGCCGUCUAGUUUCUGAGCAGGUAGUUAAAGUGAAGGCUUUAAGGGGGGCUUUUAUUCAGAAUGACUGAAGUCUUAACGUUAAGUUAGGACGUCAGAUUGUUUUUAAGCAGCUGCGAGGGGACGGCCGCCGUGAUGCUGAAGUUUGUGGUCGUUCACAUGGGGAGGCUGGGGCCGGUGGUUCGGGGAACCCGGUGUCUGGUUCGUUUCCGAUCCACCUCCGCCACGGAAAACCACGAACUGGCCCGGGAGCGCUCCAAAACCGUGACGUCAUUCUACAACCAGUCGGCUAUUGACAUCGCUUCGGAAAAGCCCUCCGUUCGCCUCACGCCCACCAUGAUGCUGUACGCAGGGAAGUCACCUGAUGGGAGUCACAUUCUUAAGAGCGCCAGGUACCUGCACAAGGAGCUGCCGGUCCGCAUCGCCCACCGCAUCAAGGCCUUUCGCGGCCUGCCCUUCAUCAUCGGCUGCAACCCCACCAUCCUGAGGCUGCACGAGCUGUACAUCCGUGCCUUCCACAAGCUGAGCGAAUUCCCCCUGAUCAAUGACCAUGAGACGGAGGCAAAGUACUGCCAGCUCCUCCGGAGACUGCUGGAUGACCAUAAGGAUGUGGUCACCUUGCUGGCUGAGGGCGUCAGGGAGAGUCGCAAGCACAUACAGGAGGAGGCGGUAGUGAGGCAGUUCCUGGACAAGACCCUGACAUCCCGUUUGGGAAUCCGCAUGCUGGCCACUCACCAUCUGGCGCUGCACGAGGACAAGGCUGACUUCGUCGGGAUCAUCUGUACCCGCAUGUCUCCCAAGAAGGUGAUCGAGAAGUGGGUGGACUUCGCCAGGCGGCUGUGCGAACACAAGUACGGCAGUGCGCCGCGCGUUCGGAUCAACGGCCACGUGGCGGCCCGGUUCCCCUACAUCCCCAUGCCUCUGGACUACAUCCUGCCGGAGCUGCUGAAGAACGCCAUGAGGGCCACCAUUGAGAGCCACCUGGACACUCCCUUCAAUGUCCCGGACAUUGUGGUCACCAUCGCCAACAACAGCGUGGACAUCAUCAUCAGGAUUUCGGACCGCGGGGGAGGGAUUCCUCAUGAGAUGAUGGAGAAGGUGACGGACUAUCACUUCACCACAGCAGAGAGCAGCACCCAGGACCCGCGGCUGGGAGACCUGAUGGGCAACAUGGUGGAUAUGGUGAACAGUGGACAGUCCAGCCCCAUGCAUGGGUUUGGGUUUGGACUGCCCACCUCAAGGGCCUAUGCGGAGUACCUAGGUGGCUCUCUGUCUCUGCAGUCCCUCCAGGGCAUCGGCACCGACGUCUACCUGCGGCUCCGACACAUCGAUGGCAAGGAGGAAAGCUUCCGCAUCUGAGCCCUGUCCUUGCUCUGUUCACACUAGACAUCAGAGCCACCCUAGACCCUACACAGCGGUGCACACCACAUGCUCCCUUCCAUACACGCUGGCGACACUGCCCAGCUCCUCUUGCACAUGCCCAGACAGACCU